GGUAACCUUAGUUUUUAAAAAUCAAUUUUUAUUUUCGUAAUUUACCGUAAUCUUCUUCGUUCGUUCCUGAUGAGCUUGUGAAACAAGAUCUUCCGUCCAGCGCCGCCGCUCGAUUCGUCAUCGCCUCCUUCGCGACUCUGAGUUCUUCAAAGGCAUUUACUUUCACUUGUUACUGCUUGUAAGUGAGUUUGGAAUAUGGGAAAAGCUUCAAGGGAUAAAAGGGAUAUUUACUAUCGGAAAGCUAAGGAAGAAGGGUGGCGUGCAAGGAGUGCAUUUAAACUCCUCCAGAUUGAUGAGGAGUUUAACAUAUUUGAUGGAGUUAAACAUGUUGUAGAUUUGUGCGCAGCGCCUGGUAGCUGGAGUCAGGUUUUGAGCCGGAAGUUGUAUCUCCCAGUGAAGCUAUCCCCAGAAUCAGUGGACAGUGAUCUACCACUUAUUGUAGCCAUUGAUUUGCAGCCCAUGGCUCCAAUUGAAGGUGUGAUUCAAGUACAAGGUGACAUAACAAAUGCUAGAACUGCUGAAGUGGUGAUUAGACAUUUUGACGGAUGCAAAGCUGACUUGGUUGUUUGUGAUGGUGCACCAGAUGUUACCGGACUCCAUGAUAUGGAUGAAUUUGUUCAGUCCCAACUCAUUUUGGCCGGUUUGACAAUAGUUACUCACAUUCUAAAACAAGGUGGAAAGUUCAUAGCCAAAAUUUUUCGAGGAAAAGAUACGAGCCUUCUUUAUUGUCAGCUAAAACUCUUUUUCACUGAAGUUACUUUUGCUAAGCCCAAAAGCAGUCGCAAUUCAAGUAUUGAAGCAUUUGCAGUGUGUGAGAACUAUUCUCCCCCGGAAGGAUUUAAUGAGAAAGACUUGCAUCGCCUCCUUGAUAAAGUUGGGAGCCCGUCCGGCAUGGAAGACAUAGAUUGUAGUAGUGGAUGGCUUGAAGGACCGAAUAAGGUGUAUAUACCUUUCUUGGCGUGCGGAGACCUCAGCGGGUAUGACUCAGACCGGUCAUAUCCCCUUCCAAAGAGUGCAGAUGGAACUUAUCAGAGCUUAGACCCUGUCCAGCCUCCCAUUGCUCCUCCUUACAAGAGGGCUCUUGAAAUCAUGAAAGCUCAAAGCCAGGGCAUCGCUUGCGACCUUGAAAACCUUUCCAUUGGCCACUAAAAACCCGCCUCCCGAAGAACAUUAUGUCUCCUUUUAAGGUAUUUGUUGUCUGUAUUAAUGUCUCAUUUCCUUUUAUCACCUAGUUUUUUUUUAAAAAAAAAUCUAAAAUUGUUAAAUGUUAGAGAUUACAUGACGAGGUCUAGGUAAUGACCAUUUAAAGCCAUAAGUUUGUACUUUGUGGUUUGAUCGAUUGCUAUGUUUCUGAAUGAGACAAAGGGAUCAGAAUUCUUGCGCUCAUUCUAAUUGUUAG